AUGAAGACCGCCGCGGUGUUCGCAUUGCUCGUCGCCUUCGUCGGCGCUACCGCCCUCGUCGAGCCCCUGCAGGGCUCGGGAUACCCCGAUUGCGGUUUGACAGACGGCUCGUUCUACAUCCCUGAAAAAAUCACCGUCGGCAAGCCCUUCGCCGUCCGCUUCUGCUCCGGCGCGUACUUCAAGACGUCGUCCAAAUCGAUCACCCUCGCCAUUGGCUUCAACAGCACGAGCGUCGAUGGAUCCGUGAUCCUGACGCAGGACAUCUACCCUGUGGGCGGCAAGAAGUACGACUUUGAGGCGACGGUGCCGAACUCUCUGGACAAGUUCUCAGACAAGUCGCCGCUUAUUGUGGUCGAGAAGAUCAACGGCUACUAUGAGAGUGAGUAUUACCAAGUCACCACGAAGAAGGCGCAUAUCGUCUACCCCGAGGAGUCGUACGCGGGGGACACUGAUGCGCAAGUCCUGAUCUCUGCCAACUUAGACUAG